AUGACUUACAUAAUUGAAUGUGAAAAUGAAAAUGAACAAGAGCGUAUGUGUAAAACUGUCAAACCGAUAUCUCGGCGUUCUUUUGAGGAUAUCGGAACAGUGUCAACUGCAAGUCAAGCAACAAAUCAACAAGAACCACAAUUUACAGAAAAAAAUAAUGAUUAUAUUUUAGUAAUGGCAAAUAGAACGGAUCCGACAUGCCGUGCAAUUCACAACUCAAAUCCACAAUAUCUGAUUAGCAAAAUAGCAAGAUCUUGCAUAUAUUCAUCGUUGUAUUGGAAAGAAAAAUGCUUCGGUCUUACAGCGGAAUCGAUAAUUGACAAAGCUAUAGAGCUGACUUGUGUUGGAGGUUUAUACGGAGGUUCUGCCAAGCCUACAGAGUUCUACUGUUUACUAUUAAAACUUUUACAGAUACAACCUCCUCUAAGCGUGGUAUUAGAGUAUUUAAAUAACGAAGAAUUUAAAUAUUUGACUGUUUUGGCAGCACUUUAUCUGUAA